AUGGAUGACAACGAUGCACAAAAGAUUUGGGUCCCCAUCACCGUUGUCGGCUCCAUCUUACUAUUCGUCCUGGUGUUCGGUUGUCUUUGCAACAAGCCAGAUGCAUUCGAACGAGAUCCACCUCCAGAUCUCUUGACCCGACGAAGAGGACAACCUGGAUUUCGGAUGCCGCCACCAUCUCGACACCUACCUACCGGUGUGCCCUGGGAGGAAAUCGUCAGGGCCAGCGAACGCCCACGACGACCUGAACCUAUCUACAUUGUGCGAGAACCACGAAGAGGGAGGAGCCCGCCACCAAGAAUGGGACGCUAUGGACCACGGUUUGACCCGGAGGAUCCUUGGUUUGAAGAGAGACGACCGAGAUUUCCCGGCGGAUAUGCAGGAAGAUUUCAUCCCAAUCCCAGGAUCAUUGAGAGGGAGCCUCUGUUCAGAUGA